UUUUUUUCUAAUAUCUUUAAAAACAAAUCGUUCCUAACAGCUAUAUAUUUUUUAAAAAACAAUUUCUCAUGUUCGAUUUAGAAUACAACUUUCUGAAUUUAUACAUCGGCGCUUUAAGCUAAAAUUUGUGAUAUUUUAAAUUAUGCUAAUAAGAAAGAUUGUGUUAAUAUGAUUUGUUUUACUUGAUUUUAUUUGUAAAUAUUGCUUAUAUAUUAGUAAUAUCGAAGAUAUGGAUUCGUCUUGCACACGUUUCACGGCAGCUGAAGGCGGUGCUCGCUUAGCAGCAUGUGCGGGUACAAAGAACAUACUGGUCACCGAGCAUACUUCUUUUAUAUCAACGAGUGUCUUGAUGGAACACGCAUACAAAAUAAGAGGGUUAAUGUCUACCGGAUGUAAACGUUCAGUGUAUAUAACAAGAGCAUCCCGUAUCGAGUGUACCGCCCAUGAGUUAGCGAUACUAACAGAUCUGUCUGUGUCGAAAGCUCACGUGUUUGACGAUGUGGAUGAUUGGAAUGAUACGUUGGAACACAAACAGGUACUUGUGUGCACUUCGAUAGUCAUAAAAACUAUAUUGGAAAAUGGAUUAUUGACUAUACCGGGCAUAAAUGUCUUGAUAAUUGACAGCUGUCAUUUGAUAUUCAAGGAUCAAAAUCUACAAUAUGUGAUGAAACUUUACAAGGAAUGCAACGAAGACAUUAGACCAAGGGUCCUCGCUCUAACCUACCCACUGUUCACGGCACCCGGUAACACAAGCGACGGCGCGGACACUGUAAAUAUAGAUAGAACAGAAAUAGAUAAAGAUACAGAGGUCGACGAUAAAGGUGGAAAUGUAGAAAGCGACGAUGACCUUGAAAUAGCAAACGAUAAUGUCGAUGAUUUCGAUAUGUACGAGAAGUUGGAAUGGAAGAUAUGCGAAUUGGAGACGGCUCUGUGCUGUGAAAUGGAUCUAGCUGAAGACAUUGAUGGUGGAAAACGUCUUUCAGCGACAGCAACGAGGCCGAGGGAGCUGAUAGUCGAAUACGGUCCCCGGGACUCGGUGGAAGCCCUGCCCGAGGCCUACCUGGAGUUAGAGGAUUAUAUGAAGGAAACGGUCAAUCACGCUCUGCAAUUUAUAAAUGAACACAGAUACGAUCCAACGGAGAUUUACGGUGAGGAUAUGUACGAAGAAUUCAAGAACAUACCGGACCCAACCAUCGAGCCGAAGAUAAUUUUUAGGGAUUUUUUAUACGUUCUCGAACAGUUGGGCCCCUACGCAGCUGAUAAGGCUGCAAUAUCCCUAUUGACCAAGUUAGAAAAAUUGAAAAUAAAAGUGCCCUACGAGAGGCAUUUUCUUCUCUUAUGUCUCUGUACGUCUGUGUUCGUGAAGAUCAGAUGUUUUGCUGAUUUGAUGUUCUCGAAGUGCGCGUCGGAUUGGGAGAAAAUAACAAUGUUUUCAACACCAAAAGUCCUGAGAUUGGUGGAAAUACUGGAAAAAUUUCAGCCAUCGGACAACCAGAAUGUCACGAAGACAACGAUCGAUAAUUCAAAAGCGAUUACCAAUAGGAAUACAGAGGAUAUAGUUAAAUUAAAAGAGGAAACUUCAGACAGCUCAGAUACCGAUAGCAAAUUACAGACGGAUAGUAAAACGGAUGAAAAUAAUACUAAAAGUGAUGGUGCCGUAGCAAAAGAUGAAGCGAGUGAUGUAAAAAUAUCGAAGACGAGUGAACUAUUGAAUGAGAUUGACAAAUGUGAUUUUGUAACGCUUGGUAAUAGAAUUGAAGACAGAGUUAACACAUACGAAGCGAAUUUAAAGGAUUACGAAUACACCGAAGAAGUGAGCGUAGACAAAGUAAAGAAUAACGAAAAGCAAAGCGUUAAGUGUGAUGAUAGGAAUCCGGUCGACGGUAAGAUCUGCUUCGGGAAGCGCUUCGGGCACCGGUCGAGAGGACGCGGGAGGGCGCUGAGGAGCAACGCGGCGAAGUUGCUGCAGAUGCAGCAGAACCCGGACGCGUUGUGUGGCAUCGUGUUCAUGAAGGAGGCGUUGAUGGCGAAGAUUAUGUUUAUGAUGAUAGCGGACAUGUCCCGCAGUCGCCCGUCCCUGUCGCACCUGUGUGCGCAGUACUGUGCGGAGGAGGGACCCAACGGCAGUAAGAAACAGGAGGACGUGCUUAAGAAGUUCCGUAUGCACGAGUGUAACCUUCUACUGGCGACGUCUGUGCUGGAAGAGGGCAUCGACCUCCCGAGGUGCAACCUUGUGGUCAGAUGGGAUGUUCCACCUUCCUACCGCUCGCACGGGCUGUGCCGCGGGCGCGCGCGCGCCAGUCGCUCGGCGGUGGCGCUGCUGGCGGCGCGCGCGGGCUGCGCGGCGCUGGCGCACAACCUCGCCGUCUACAAGGAGCUCGAUCAGCUAAUCACAAGGAAAUGUGGUUGUGGAAUACAAAACGAACCUUCGAUAGACGAAGAGAAUCACGCUGAUACGAUAUCAACGAUCAUCAAAGCUUACACGCCGUUAGAACUAAAGGGAGACAAAAAUAAUGAUAACACUAGUCAUAUUAACAGGAUUGAUAUAAAAGAUAAUACUAUAAAAAGUAAAACAGUAAUUACAGAAGAAUUAAACGAUUUAAAUGUUCAUUGUAAAAAUAUAGAUACCAAAGAUGCUAUAUAUGAUAAUUGUGAAGCUAAUGAUCAUUGCAAUGGUAAUAAUGAAAUGAUAAAUAACAAUGAUGUUAAUGAUCGUGAAGGCAUCAAUGGUGAAAUAGAUCCUGGUGUUCAAGAAGAUAUCGUCGAAACAGAUGUCUUUAAAGAUUCACUCGUAUCUGAUAAAGAUAAAGAUAUUAAAUCAGAAAAAGAUAUUAAAUCAGAAACGAGUCACAGAACGUUGGAUUUCAGAGAAGAUAAAUGUGAAAAUUUAAACGAUUCGAAUUUUAAAUAUAAUAUCAAAUAUGAAUACAAAGUUACAAGUGAAAAGAAGAUCGAGGAACAAGUUGCGUUCGUUGAUCUGAAUACGGCCAUCGCUCUUAUUAAUCGUUAUUGUGGCAAGCUGCCCUCGGAUACGUUUACGAGGCUGACGCCUCAAUGGUGGAUGGAGGAAGUCCAGCUCCCAGAUAGGCGUGGUGAUGUGAAGACUGCGUAUAUUUGCACACUGAGGAUGCCCCUGAAUUGUCCCAUCAAGUAUAAUAUCGUUGGUCAUCCGAUGCCCACCAGAGUCCUGGCGAGGCGCAUGGUCGCUUUACAGGCUUGUAGGAUUUUGCAUAAAUCCGGCGAAUUGGACGACCAGCUCAUGCCAAUAGGUAAAGAAAACUUCAAGUCGGCGGAAUUUGACAACAACGUUGUGAACGAGACGUCCGAUGCGAAUGACUGCGCCCGACCCGGCACGACGAAGCGCAGACAGUAUUAUUAUAAACGGACUGCGUGGGCGUUCACAGACUGCCAAGCGAUAAUAGACUGUACGGACUUAGACAUAGAGAACAAUCCAACGUUAGAUGCUAAUACUAUUCAGAAUAUGAAGAAAGGCGGGCCGAGCGCCAACAUGCUGUACUGCAUCGUGUCGUCGCUGUGCUGCGCGCUGCCCGAGCGCUACAACACGCGCGGCCGCCGCCUGCACGCGCCGCAGCUGGCGCGCCAGGCCAUCGGCGUGCUCAUGGCGCGCCGGGACCCGCACCAGCUGCAGAUCCCCGCGUUCCCCGUGUACACGCGCUCGGGCGAGGUGCGCGUGUCGGUGGAGGCGGCGCUGGAGGCCGACGUGCGCCUCAGUCCGCGCCGCGCGCGCCUCAUACGCAGGUUCAUGCGCUUCGUGUUCUCGGACGUGCUGCGCGUGCGGCGGCGCGGCAUGAAGCUGCAGCCGGAGGGCUCCACGCACAACAACUACUACGUCGUGCCCACCGUCAAGAAAACAAGGAGCGACGGCACCACCUGGGUAGAUAUAGAUUGGCCGUUCCUCGAACUGAUAUACAAACAUACCGAGGAGAAGAAGAACUCGGAGUUGGAGAAGCCGAUGAUAUGGGAAGAGGGUGAGAAGAAAAAAACGAAAGACGAUAAAGUGAAGAAUUUGGACAAUCCGCUGUUGAAACCCGGGGAGGUGUUCGUGUUUGAUGCGGAGCGAUACAAGGAGGCAGUCGUUACACCCUGGUAUAGGAACCAGGAUCAACCGCAGUUCUUCCUCGUUGCGGAGAUAUGCUGGAAGCUAACACCUGACUCCGCGUUUCCGUCGGACCAGCAUACCAGUUUCAGAUCAUACUACAAGGCUAAAUAUGGAGCUGAACUCACGCAGAGCUGCCAACCUUUACUCGAUGUGGAUCACACCAGCGCCAGGUUGAACCUCUUGACGCCCAGAUACGUGAACCGCAAGGGCGUGGCGCUGCCGGUGUCGUCGGAGCGCACGCGGCGCGCCAAGCGCGACCGCCUGGACCAGAAGCAGAUCCUCGUGCCCGAGCUGUGCCGCGUGCACCCCUUCGCCGCGCCGCUCUGGUUCGCCACCGUCGCGCUGCCCUGCGUGCUCUACAGGAUAAACGCGCUGCUGAUAGCGGACGAGAUCCGCCGCUCGGUGGCGAUCGACGUGGGGCUGGGCAUCCCGCGCAUCGACGAGCGCACGUGCCCCGGCUUCCAGUGGCCGCCGCUGGACUUCGGCUGGAGCCUGGCUGAGGUCCUCAGCGCGGACUCCGAGAAGGGUGAGAAGAAGAAAGACGACGACGAAGCAAAGAUCGAUGAUGAGGACAAAGACUUGAAAACAAUCGAAGAUAAGGAACGCGAGAAAGAGACAGAAGACCAAGUAGAGGAAAAGGAAGGUGUGAAAGAAAAGACCAUUAAUGAUAUACUACAAGAAAAAGAAGAUGCUGAGAGUGGUUUCGAGAUCGGGACUUGGAGCAACGACAUGGCAUCUUCGAUACCACAAAGAUCGGAAUUCGACGAGUUCAUGGAACCGCUGCCACCAAACCUAACGUUCUGCACAUCAUCGUCUGGUGGGGCGAAUUGGUCUGAUCCAAUAGAAAAACCUAAGAUCAGUCACUACAACCCGAGUCGGACCUUCUCAAUGGCGGACAGCGACUGCUCCUACUUGUCCAGCGAUUUCGACACAGACGACUCUGACUUGACCGACGGAAGCGAUGACGACACAGAUACUAGUGGAUUCUGCAGCAGUAGAAAUUCAAACGCAGCACUCCUGUCAGCGGCGAUGGGGGUGCGGAUAGAGUACAAGACGGCGCACGAGGCGGAGGCCGUCGACCUGGAGCGCCGGCGGCCGCUGGCGCCCGCGCCGCCGCCCGACCGGCGCGACGACCGGCGCGACCUCGCGCGGGCGCGCCGCGCGCUGCGGGCCGGCGCCGCCCCCCCGCAGUACGUGAAAAAAUUCCGCGAGUCUGUCGCGAAGCAUGAGCAAGAAAUCAAAGAUAAUGGUCUUUUAAUAGGCAAGGACCAAAAGAUAAAAGAGCUCUUACCAGAAACGUGUAGAGAUAUCGAUAAAAAUACACCACUAGCGCACAGAGAUAAGCAAAGUAUUAACGUUGAUGACGAGAACAAAUCUACUAAAGACAGAAUAGAUGUUUUAGAUAAGAAAAAUGUAUAUAACAAUAAGUUAGAUAAUUUUGAUGAAAUUAUUGAAAAUGUAAACGAUAUUGAUUUAAACGAAACAAGUAACAACAUAAAUAAAGUUACCAAAGACAAUUCUAAAGUUAUACUCGAUGGACAUAACAAUGACGCAGACGAUGCAAUGAUACUAAAAGCGGUAACGAAGCAAUCAAAAGAUAUAGACAAUGUCACGGAACAAAUGUAUUCAAAUUUAAAUAUUACUAAAGACAUAGGAAAUGCCAAUGCCAAUGAAAACGGAAAUGCAACAGAUGAAACAAAAACGGAAACGAUGACAACACUUGCUGAUGAUAUGACAAACGUGGAAACGAAUUCAUUGAACAACGAUAAUAUAGAACGCAAAGAUAACGACAAGUUAAUAGAUAAGAUAAAAGAUAUAAAGGAUAAAACUGAAAUUGGUAAAAAUAACGCUGUAAAAAUAUCUAAAAGGGAAAUUUUAGACGAGAUAUUUCCCUACGGUGAUGAAAUAGAUUUAGACAACGGACAAAUAACACUGGAAUCGAUCGAGAGAAGUAAAAGAGUUCUAUUAGCAAAUUUAAAAAGUAAACUGUCGAAAGACGAAAUUAAAAAACUAAACUGUUUCUCUAUGAAGGACAUAAAUAUAGACUCGCCUGAUUACGUUAAUGAGAAAAUUGCAAACGUCGGUUUCGAUUCUAAAGAGAAAUAUGAGAGGAUCGUAAAUACGUGGUCGGAUAAAAAUGAUUAUAAGCCUUACUACAUGGACAGUAAAGGUCAAAAUGGCAAGGAGUUCGACUUUGACUAUCAGCCGAAUUUAGAGGGACACCCCGGUCCGAGUCCUAGUGUUAUCUUACAGGCUUUAACGAUGUCGAACGCAAACGAUGGUAUCAACCUGGAGCGGCUCGAGACGAUCGGUGACAGCUUCCUGAAGUUCGCGAUAACAGCGUACUUGUACUGCGCGCAUCCGGCCGUGCACGAGGGGAAGUUGUCUCACAUGAGGAGUAAACAGGUGUCGAACUUAAAUCUCUACAGACUCGGUCGCAACAAACGCCUCGGCGCUAGGAUGAUAGCAUCGAAGUUCGAACCCCAUGACAACUGGUUGCCACCCUGCCACAAGCCACCGCCGACCCUGCAGCCCACCAUAACGGGUGAUUCGAAGGCGUGUCACGCGGAAGCGCCGGUGGACAGCACGGGUUGCUUCAUACCGUAUAAUCUUAUCACACAACAUAGUAUACCAGAUAAAUCAAUAGCGGAUUGCGUUGAGGCCCUGAUAGGGGCGUACUUGUUGGAGUGCGGACCUCGAGGCGCCUUACUAUUCAUGUCCUGGUUGGGUAUACGGGUGCUGCCGCGACACGACUUACCGUUGGCUGACGACCAUCCGUAUGUGGUCAGAGCGAGGGAGAAAGAAGUUGACGACAAGUCGUCGCCUAAACGUCGGACUUCGUGUUCGUCGGGGUCGGACGACGAAGACAGUCCCGAGUCACGCUCGCCGGAGCCCGAGUGGGGGUGGGGCGGGCGACCCGUUGGGGCGCUGCGACCCUAUCGGACUGCCGACAACAAAUGGCUGCAGCCAAUAUUCGGUGAGCUGAAGGCACCUCCCUCCCCCCUGUUGCGGUACAUCGAGGACCCUGAAGGAGAAUUGGAACAGAUGCUUUCAGGUUACGACGCACUGGAGAGGACGUUACAGUACCGUUUUCGGGAUCGAUCCCUCCUACUCCAAGCUCUAACGCACGCGUCCCACCAGCGGAACCGGCUCACGGACUGCUAUCAGAGAUUGGAGUUCCUCGGAGACGCUAUACUUGACUACCUGAUCACGCGGCACCUGUUCGAGGACCCACGCCGGCACUCCCCGGGCGCGCUGACCGACCUGCGCUCGGCGCUCGUCAACAACACCAUCUUCGCCACGCUGGCCGCCCGACACGGGUUCCACAAGUACUUCAGACAUAUGUCGCCUGGUUUGAACGAAGUCCUCACGAAGUAUGUCAAGAUACAGGAGGAGAAUGGUCACUCGAUCAGCGAGGAGCAUUAUCUGAUACAAGAAGACGAAAUGGAACAAGCUGAAGAUGUCGAGGUCCCGAAGGCGCUCGGCGACUUGUUCGAGUCCGUCGCGGGCGCCAUAUUCUUAGACUCUGGGCUGUCUCUGAGCGCGGUGUGGCGCUCAGCGGGCGCGCUGCUGGGCGCGGAGCUGGACGCGUUCAGCGCGGCGGCGCCCAAGUCGCCCGUGCGCGAGCUGCUGGAGGCCGAGCCCGACACCGCCAAGUUCGGCAAGCCGGAGCGCCUCGCGGACGGGCGGCGCGUGCGCGUGUGCGUGGAGGUGUUCGGUCGGGGGGCCUUCAAGGGCAUCGGCAGGAACUACCGGAUCGCGAAGGGGACCGCCGCCCGGUGCGCGCUCCGCCAUCUGCGGAACCACCGGCCGCGGUGAGGCGGGAGGUGCAUGUGUGCGGAGGCGUGUUCGUGCUGCGUCGAUUCUUAGAAGUCUUUUGUUAGGGGAGAAGGGGUGUGGAUUUGAUGCCUUGGCUGGUCUAUGGAUCCGACCCCACUCUAAAGUUGGCUGCCACCGAUUCUCAGUUCGAUAUAACGACAUUACAAGACAUAACGAUAGCGAUAAGUUUAUUCAGAAAACAUUUAUUAAUACAAAGUUAAAACUAAAAAUUCAAUCUAUACCAAUAUUAUAAAUGCGAAAAUAACUCAAAAUCAAAAAUCAAAAUCAAAAUAAUAUACUUUAAUCGAGUAGGCUUUUAUAAGCACUUUUGUAUCGUCAUUUUAAAUAACGAUAUUAAACGGCCAAGCCACUCAGUAGUCUUUUUCAAUAAUUGAAAUAAAAAGUUAUGUCGGUUAAAUACAAUUAUAUAUUAUAAAUAGGACAUAUAUUUAUUUCGGAUAUCCGAUUUCGGUUCCGGAGCUCCAUGACGUCCCCGCUUUUUAUAUCAGAAAUAUGUACAAAAUCAAAGGGAUUACCUACUAAGAAUAUGUGUAAUUAUGAUAUGAGCAAUGCAAAUGUCUGUAUCGAUUUAAAAUAAACAAGCUUAGCGUGAUUUAUUUAUAAGUUUAAUAUAAGCUUUUAAUUAUAUGUUUGUAAUAUAUAGUUACGUGUACUUUUGACAUUUUCUAGUUUUUAAUAAUCGACAAUUUGAUAUCGAAAAUAAAUAGUAAUAUUUU